AUGCUCCUCCUGCCUAUACUGUUUUACGUAUGCUUCCUGGCCGUGCCUGCCAUAGCUAAUGUAGAAAAAACCAUUUUCACCGCGCCCAACACUAUCAAUUUUGGAGAUGCUCGGCCAAACUUGAUGGACCUGCGUCUUGAUAUUCUUUCAUCAAAGAAACUCUCUAUCCGGACUGUUCUUCCUGUAAUAUUUCCCACCGAGACACAAUCACGUGGAGUAUCUUCUUGGUACACUCUCGACGGCCUGCGUCCAGGUCAGCGCUACGAGGUUCGGAUCUGUUGGGCGGCGACGCAUCCCACUGAUUUCUUCUUGGACACUUUCGAAGUUCCCACCGUCUUCGAUAACCCAGCUCUACUUCAGGACCUAGGCACUUACGCGGAAGAACGUCAGAACAUUCUGGCUGAAAACGAGUUUGAGGACUUUGGCGAACUGACGACUACUUCCAAUCGAUCUGUUCUGUUCCUUCGCGUUCAGUCAGCAGCCAAUUUCUAUACUACCGACCAGGCUUUGAUGCAGCAUCCUCCCCCUGUCUACGUCGAUAUCAUCCUUGAUCCAUAUCUUCUAAACAUCUUCCCUCAGUCAUUACUUCCUACAGCUGCAUACAUCCUUGUACUAGCUGUUGGUAGCUGGUUUCUAUCUGGAUUUGUCUGGUCGAAGUUGCAGGUCUUUGUUCAAGAAAAACAACACGCGGAUUGA